GGUGCGUGUGCGCGCAGGCGGAGGAUCGCCGAGCCGAGCCGUUCCGUGCAGCAGGCACAAGCCGCUGGGCGCGCAGGAGAAGCCGCAAAAAGGAAUCCAGCAGCCGCCAGUCGAACCUGCGAGGAGCAGCAGAGGAGCGCCGCAACUUUAGACGAGGCCAGAGAUUCAAAAUGGGAGGCAAGCUAAGCAAAAAGAAGAAGGGCUACAACGUAAAUGACGACAAGGCCAAAGACAAGGAUGCCAAGGCCGAAGGAGCCUCCGCCGAGGAGAGCGAAGCGCCGAAAGACAACAAGGAUGAAGCUCCGGCUGCCACCGACACCAAGGAGGUAGCCAACGACACGGCGGCGAAGGAGGCGCCGGCGGCCGAUGCUGCGGCGCCCAAAGACGAGGAAAAGAAUGACGCUCCAGCCUCGAAGGAGGCCGAGAAGCCCGCCGCCAACGCCGAGUCCAAAACAGAGCCUCCCAAGAGCUCGGAGCCCGCCAAGGCCGAGGAGAAACCAGCCGCUGCUCCGGCCAAAGAGUCGGCCCCCGCCACCAAGGAGCCCGAGGCGAAGGUGGCCCCGGCAGCCGAGAGCAAAGGUGAGGCCGACGCCAAAAAGACUGAGGCCCCCGCGGCACCAGCAGCCAAAGCCGAGGCGGCUCCAGCUGCCUCCCCUGAGCCCAAGACCACAGAGGCAGCAGCAGCGCCGCCCAAGGAGGCCGCCGCCGCCGCUAGUUCAACACCAGCCGAACCUCCGGCCAAGGAGGCGAAUGCCACAGAGGCACCAAGCAAGGAUCAAACCGUAGCAGUUCAAGAUUAAUGGACAGCUUCUUUUCGGAAACGAAGAAAUAAAAUUACCUAACUCAACAAGGAUGAAGAUUAAAAAAAUGAAAUUUACUAGCCCGCCCAUAUCCUGACGAUAACAAUAAUAAUAAUAAUUGUGAUGAUGCUGAUGAUUCGUCGGAUGAGGAGAUGAUUAUUGCUAUUAUUAUUGUUAUGUUUUAUUUUUUUCUGCUGUAGUAUUUGAACUUUGAUACGAGUCUUUGUCUUCAUUCCACGUCAUCGUCCUUCAUUCAGAGGUUCGACCUGAAGCUUCAGAAGCUCCGUGGACGAAGAAUCUGCUGAAUCUGUCAGCGCGUCGCCUUCUCGGCUUCAGCCUCCAGUUUUUUUCGGUUUUGUUUCAGCUCAUCCUCCCUUCUAGAUUUUCCGACUUUCUGGGACAUUUGAAGCGUCGACAGAAGUUGGCUUUGCAGAACGAAACCCGUUCUUAGAUGCAUUAAUCAGUUGUAGGAAUUUUUCAGAUGAACUUCUACAUUUUGUACUGAAACCCUUAGGUAUAUUGUAAGUAAACUAAGCGGUUUUUUAACAUUUGUAAUGCUUAUAAAAUCUGCAAAGCCUCACUGAGAAGAUCCUCACAAAUGUUCUCAGAAAGUCAAUCCUUGACAAACUCCAGCACAGAUGGCGAGGUUUUAGUUUAGUAUCUACCGCUGACGUGGUGAAACAGGAAAAACAGCCUUGUCUCGGAGGUUUGAGGUCAGUUUUGAUAAUAAAAAGAUGACUUUCGUCAGAUAGCGAACAUUUAGUUGUGUCUUUGUGAGGAAAGUAGACAAAACUGAGCCUCAAAUGUCCUGCUGUCGUCUUUAUUUUGGGGUUUCUGGAAUAGAUACAAGUGCAAGUGAACAACAAGGCAGAGACUUUGAGUAAAAGUAUGACUUCCUGGUUAAUUAUUGGCAGCAAAAUCUGCGAAAAAGAAAGAAAAAGGGCAUUUAUGUAGUGGAUUUUGGGGGUUAUAUGGGGAAAUCAUGAGAAUAAUGCCAUUAAACAACUUUAAUUAAACACUUUCCAGCCAAUGAAUCCGUUUAAUAUCAGUUUGGACAACAUCACUAGAAGAUAAACUCCUCACAUGAGAUCAUUUCCUGUUUUCUCCACGUCAGAUUUUAAAUUGAUCAACAUCCGGUGGGAUUUCAGCCAACCGGCUCAGUGCACUAUGGUUUCUAUGGCGACCGUAGUCCACCCCAUCAUCUUUAUGGGAUGGAAAAGCCUCGCACAUGGAAGGGAGCCUCUGAUUUGGCCAUUUUCACCUUUCAUGCAUUUUCCUUUUACUUUUUUUGGAUGUAUACGUGACACAUACAUGCAUGUGUGCAGCAGCGGAGGGAAAAGUAGCAAUAUUAUUAUUAUAUAGCAUUUUUAAAAGAAAGAAAGUUGUGAAAAGUUUGUUGGAAGCUGGAAAAGACCUUGAAAGAAAGAAAAACAGACAAAGAAAGAAGGAAGUAAGGUAAAUGCAAGAAUGCAGAAGGUAAAUCUCACCUCAUGGUGAAAAAUCAAAAUCAGAAUUUGCAGAUUGAUUCAACAUUUAAACUCAAAUCUAUACCAGCAACCUAGAACUGCACUUUUCUCCAAAUGAACCUUCCUCCUUCCACUUGUGCACAUUUGCAGAUAUUUGCAUGUAUAUAUUUAGUCAUUUCACCCUUCCUUUAUGUUUUCUCAGAUAUAUACAUGACGCUUAUACGUGCAUGUGUGCAGCAGUGGAGGGACAAGUAGCAAUAUUUAGCAUUUUUUAAAGAAAGAAAGUUGUGAAAAGUUUGUUUGAUGCUGGAAAAGACCUUGAAAGAAAGAAAAACAGACAAAGAAAGAAGGAAGGAAGGUAAAUGCAAGAACACAAGAGGUAAAUCUCCCCACAUGGUGACUAGAAAAUCCAAAUUUGCAGAUUAAUUUGUCUUUUAAACUCAACUCUUAUCUGACCUUUAUGAUACCAGCAACCUAAAACUGCACUUUCCUCCAGAUCAACCUUCCUCCUUCCACCUGCGCAUGCUUGCAGAUAUCUGCAUGUAUAUAUUUGGUCAUUUCAUCUGUUCAUCUGCCAGAUUUUUGGGUUUGGUCCGAGCGACUUGCAGCGAUUUUCUCCCAGCACUUCAACCGUAGCAGAAACAAACUGAAAACGGAGGAACGUGGCGUGUCGCCCGGUUUCGUUUUUGUUUUCUAUUUCUUCCUCUCUUGACUCAGUAACUUGCAUGUCCGUGGUUUGGGUGAACCUGUAGUCCUGUCUUUUUGGUCAAGUGGAAACAAAAAAUGAAAUAAAAAUAAAAAAUAAUCUUGAUUUCUCCAGUCUGCAUCCAUGGCAACUACAGUCGAUAUUUCCAUCCCACCGCCGCUACUUCCACGUUUCAUUUCAGACAAAACGAAAAGAUGAUAUGGAAAAUUUGAUGCAUUCAAAAUUAUAUGUACUUGUAUAAAUGGUGCAACAGUAAUAAAAAUGUAAGAAAUUGACUUAAACUUGA